AUUUGUGGAGACCAGAGCUUGGAAGUGGAAAGAGAAGCUUCCCAUCUCGAUCCCUUGCGCCUUUGAGGCUGGGCAGCACCCGGGGGCAGAGUUGAGCUCACUGCCUGCUCCGAGGAAGGAACCGAAAAAUCAGCAGCAGCCUCCUCCCAGUUUAUCUUUCCAAGCAAACGGAUUGUUGCUUACUGAUUUGCACACGGUUGCUAGCUGCUACGGAGUAGAUUACAGGAAUUACUCUUGCGGAAUCACUGUGUCAACUUUAGGUCAGUGAAAGAAAUAAGCAAAUAAUCUGCUCUUCCGACGGACCCAUCCUCAGAGUCCAGCAAGUGAUUGCCUACUUGUCUAAUCACGCCUUUCUAGGAAGUAGAAAGCGGUCCUUCAGUCCUGUACACAGAUCGAUCAGCAGAACAUACCGCUGCCACUGCCAGUUCAGAGCAUCUGACAUCACCAAAUCUGAGUCUUUACUUCCCUUUGUGGAAGUCCCUGUCUCGUAUGUAUUGCACAAGAUAGCAAGAUCUUUAGAGGCCAGCGAGCAUGAGCCUAUUUGGGGUAAUUAGCGGCAUCAAUGAGUUUGGUAAUUUGUUCCAAUUGGUCAUAUCUGUUGUCUCAUAUAUGCGCUCCCAGUUCAGUGGAUCAGAGGAGAAACAACUUAAAGAAGAUGUUGUACUGCAGUUGCAGAGUGACCUUCGAUGCCUACGUGAAACCCUACCAACAAUGUACAACAUUAUUGAUCAGGCAGAGUGGAGGAGCCAUGUACCCUGUGUGGAACAGCUCCUUCCAAAUCUCAAGGAUGCAGUAUAUGAUGCAGAGGACCUUUUGGAUGAGUUCAAAUGGUAUGAGCUGAAGGUGGAAAUUGAGGGCAAUGCAACCCAGCUGUCUCCUUUUAUUGACUUGUUUCACAGCAUCACUCAUGGAAGCUUCAACAAAGUGGCUGAUAUCCAGAAAAGACUAAGUAAUCUUUCUAGCCAGCUUGAGAAGAUGGGGUUGCAUGGACCAACUCCACGGUUUGACAAAUCUCUCAGGCCAGUAACGACUUCUUUCUGCACUGAGCCAAAGAUAUUUGGUCGUGAGAAGGAACUAGAGGAAGUGGUCAGAUUGCUUGGGGUACCGACCUAUGGUUGCGGGUCUUCUUCAAAACGGAAGAGAUCAUCUAAUGCAACCAACAACGAACCAAGGGUAGCAUUCGUUCCUGUUUUGCCUAUAGUUGGAAUCGGGGGUGUUGGAAAAACAACAUUGGCUCAAGAGAUCACCACCCUUCAAAGGGUUGAAUCCCACUUUGACAAAAUCAUAUGGAUUUGUGUCUCAGAUGAAUUUGAUGAGGAGAGGUUUACUAAAGUUCUUAUAAAAUCUCUAUCAGGCAAAGAGGCAACGGCUGAUAAUUUAGAUGAUCUUCAACAAAUUCUUGCUGCUGAAGUUGGAAAAAAGAGGUUUUUGUUAAUCCUUGAUGACAUUUGGCCUAAUGCCUUGAAUGAUGAUGGGCGUUGUUGGAGAAAAUUUUGUGGACCGCUUACAAAUGUACUUCGAGGAAGUGUGUUGAUAGUGACCACUAGGUUUGCAGAAGUUGCUGAUGUAGUGGGUACAAUGAACCCCUUUGCCUUGCAAGGCUUGAAAGAUGAUGUAUUUUGGGAUUUUUUCAAGCUGUGUGUGUUUGGGUCUGAGGAUUAUCACAUUGAUCCACAGUUAGAACAGAUUGGUAGAAGCAUAAUUCCAAAGUUGAAGGGCACUCCUUUAGCUGCAAAAACUAUUGGAAGGCUAUUACGAAAGAGCAUUGACCCUGCACACUGGAAUGAUAUACUAAACAGUGAAUUGUGGCAGCUUAAGCAACAAGAGAGUGACAUUUUGCCAGCUCUUCGGUUGAGCUACAUGUAUCUACCUUUCAAUUUGAAGAGAUGCUUCUCAUUUUGUGCGACAUACCCCAAAGAUUACAAUUUUGACAAAUCUAGUCUUGCUGAAAUUUGGGUGGCAGAAGGAUUUGUGGAACCUCAAGGCAGCAUCCCACUUCAACAUAUUGGUGGUCAAUACUUUGAAGACCUUGUAAAUUUGUCCUUCUUCCAGAAACUCCGUGGUAAAUAUGUAAUACAUGACUUGAUGCAUGACAUGGCACAGCUAGUUGCGAAGGAGGACUGUUUCAUUGCAAAGAAUGCAAGUGAUAUUGAAAAGGUUCCUCAAAAUGUUCGCCAUCUAUCAAUACUCAGAAGCUGCAAUCUUAAGCUUUCAAACUUGUUGAGCCUAUGCAAGCACAAAAAGCUGCGCACCCUACUUUGCAACAAGUCUUUAGGGAGUGAGACUUUGUAUCCAGUGAUGGAUUACUGGUUUAGUGGACUUCGGUACCUGCGUGUUGUUUUCUGUGCCUCCACGAAGGGACUACCAGAGAGUAUCGGUAACCUGAAGCACCUUCGGUACCUUGAAAUCUCUAGAGGUUGCCAUUUCAACAGCUUUCCUUCAUCAUUCUGUAGCCUCUAUAACUUGCAGAUUUUUUCUGCUAGGAAAUGCACGUUUGGAAGAUUACCCAGAGGCGUCAGUAAACUGGUCAAUCUGCAUAAGUUUGACUCAACUAUUCCGAAAAUGAUAGUUAAUGCUGCGGAUUGGGAAGAUGAAAUUAGGUUUAUCAACAAUUUUAAUCAACAUACAAGAGAUUUGACUAUAUAUAAUCUUGGUGCAAUAAGCAAGGAUCGUGCAGCAGAAGCCGAACUCAAGAAGAAAGAAUAUCUGAAUAGUCUGACUCUGAGAUGGUCUUCGUUGAGAUGCGUAGAGCACAACGAGAUUGAAGUGCUUCAAACUCUACAGCCUCCCACCAGCAUCAAGUCUGUGCACAUCGAGGGCUAUCCAGGUGAAUAUCUUCCAAGCUGGUUUCGUGGUUGUGAUAGACCCGAGGACAUGUCAUUUUCCGAGUUACCUGCAGCGACAGUUGACAACAAUAAUGACAGAGCAGGGACUAUUUUCUCAUUACUAACAGAGGUACGCAUUACAGGUUGCCAAAACUUAUCAAGCCUGGAACAAUUUCUACAUUCAACGACUUAUGUACCGGCCAUCAGAAACAUAGUUAUUGAACAUUGUGCAAGUGUAAAAUCAGUACCAAUUGAAUGGUCCCCUUCCCUUGAAGAAAUAAACGUGUCCAACUGUCCAAAGAUGACACAUCUUUCGGCCCCGUCCGUAAAGAAGCUCGUGCUGUUUGACAUUUUUGGAUUCAACAUUGAUUGUAGUUCCCUCACCUUCUUGCAUAUAAAUUUCUCCCAGCUGCCAUCCAUUGAACUAGAAAAGUGGAGUCUUCCAGUACUACAGAGGCUCGACAUCGGUUUUUGUGAAUGCCUGACAUUUAUUAGAGAAUCUGAACACGUAACCUCUGGUGUUUCCCUUGGCUUGGCAAAAUUCCCGUUGCUCACUCACCUAACUAUAGAAUUCUGCUGCAAGCUGGAAAGUCUUGAUGGCCUCCUAACACAUGAAUGUCUCCCUGCCAUCGAGAGUAUUACUAUUCGAUCUUGUGAUUUGCUGUCCCUGCCCACCGAAAGAUUUGUAAGUUUCCUUUCUCUGAAGAAAUUAAAGAUUGAAGAGUGUCCACGUCUCUACUGGCAAAGUGCAAUGGUGUUGCCACCGUCCCUCCGAACGCUCAUCUUAUCCAGUUGUGGUGAUUUCUCUGCCUGGUCUCCUAUGUGCUGCCUAGAGAACCUAACCUUCCUUAAAUCACUAACGAUGAGAUCAUGCAAAGGCAUAGUGUUCAUUCCAGGCGAUCUUUGGAGCAGUAAUCUCAAAUCACUGCAAAAAUUGAAGAUUGAGUAUUGUCCAGACCUCGUAUCAAUUGGUGGACCGGAAGCAAUUGCAAACAUAAAUAGAGUAUACAUUCGAGGCUGCCCAAAGUUGAUGGAAAUAGAGCAGCCGAGAGGGAAUUAGUGGGAUUGAUGGGCCGGACCGACAGGACAUAUAACAAAUAUUGCUGCCUCUUGAUGAUCACCUUCUUCUCGCUAUGUUCUUCCUUCCAUUUUUAGCCUCCAUAUGUUAGCUUGAGAAAUCAAACCAUUUAGAUACAUAAUUAUGGGAUCAUUCUAUGACUUUUGGUUGGACGUGAUCAUUCCUUGUUAUUAAACUGAGACAUCAUGUUUUGAGAAUUAAGAUGAUGUGGAUUAACCCCUCAA